AUGUAUACCAAAAGUCGACGAAAAACUCAUCCGGAAAAUAUAGAAAUCACUACUGGAGAAAGAGAUACUGGUGAGGAAGAUGAUGACGAGAAGAAAAGACAUUAUCAAAAACGACAUCAUAAAACAUCAAAAGGUAUACAAAAUAAACUAGCAAAUGAACCAUCAACAAAAAACAGUGGUGCCUCUUCAUUGUCGAAUCUCUCAUUACCUAUAAAUAAUGAUAAAUCUGCUGGUUAUGUAGCCCAUUUACUUCACGAGGCUGAUCUUACUAGUCUUGUACAAUUGGACACAAUCAAUCAAAUAAAAUAUUUUCUUGAUGAACGUGCUCAUCUUAUAAGUCAAAUCGAAUUUAUUCGUACACAAUAUGAAAAACAAUACACAACAUUAAAACGUCGUCUUGAUGAAACAGAAUCAGAAAAUGAACGUCUAACUGAACAGUAUCGUUCAUCUUCAAAAGAACUUGUUUUAUAUAAAAAUCUUAUUGAUGCACCUGAAAAUCCUGAAUCACCCACCAAAUCGAAAGACUAUCAACAAUUGAAAUUAACGAUUGAUAACGUUUUACAAGAAAAUAAACUUCUACAUGCUGAAUUAAAUCAUUUUAAAACAAGUGAUCCCGUCUAUGAACAAGUACAAUUAUUAGAAAUUAGCAAUAAAAAUUUAAAAGAAGAAUUAACAAAAUCAACAAAUGAAAAUAAUCGUUUAAGAAAAACGAUUGAUUCUGAUGAAACUAAACAUUUAAAAGCAAAUUUAAAAAAAACUCUCGAAGAAUAUGAAAAAAUCAAAUUAGUUAAUAAAAAACUCUUACAACAAUGUCAACAACAAACAUCAUCUCCAAAACAGGCACACUUUUAUCCUUCUCCUCCAUCUCCACUAUCUAAUCAACAACAAUUAUCACCGAUUUCUCAACAUUCUUCAAAAUCAAUAGAUGAAAACCUUUUAAGUCGUUAUCCAUCGAAUGAAGUUACUCAGUUGCGUGAACAUGUUCAACGUUUAGAACAGACAUUGCAUAAACGUGAUUAUGAAUUGCAAAAAUUACAAAACGAAAUCGACAAAGGUGCAAGUUCAAUAAUGAGUUCAAUUGAAGAUCUUUAUACGGUUUCAACAAAUGUUGCCUCACCAAAAAGUAUUCUUAAACAUCAACCAACAGUUAUUCAAUUGCAAAAUGAAUUAGAUCAAUUGCACGAUAAAUUAGAUGAAUUAAUAAAGGAAAAUCAAGAAUUAAAAACUCGUACACAAGAAUUCGAUACAAUUUAUGAAGAAAAUGAAUAUCUGUAUGCUGAAAAAAGUCAAUGGAAUGAAGAAAUGGAACGUGCUAGACUACGACAAUUAGUACUUGAACAAGAAGCACACACAUUGAGAGAGCGUGAAAAAGAAUUUAUUUUAACAAAUGAUCCAACAGUAACUGAAGAUAAUUCUAGUGUAUCACAAUUAAAAUUAAAAAUUAAUUGGCUGAAUCAAAUCAAUAAUCAAUCAGAAUUGGAAAUUGUUCGUUUACGUGAACAAAUCGAAUCAAUAACAAAAAAAUUUCAACAAGCAAAACGAGAUUUGACGAAUAAAACUCAACAUUAUAAACAGAUUAUAGAAGCAGCUCAAGAUGCACAAAAACUUCCUCAGGAAUUAGCUCGCGUUGAAAAAAUUUGUGCUGAUAUGGAAAGUAAAUUUGAACAUGAACGGCAAGAAUAUGAAAAGACGGUUACGGCUUUAGAAGAACAAAGUGAAAAAAGAGAAAAAAAAUAUAGCUCUCUUUAUGAUGGAAUUCUUAAACUUCAAAAUGAUUAUCGUCAAAAAGAACUUGACUUUACUCAACAACUAGAAGAUGCUGUUAACCAACGAGAUGCUCUUCUUAUGCAAUUAUCUUCUUUUCAAAAUGUUUGUCAGCAACUUCAAAAAGAAAAUCGAAGUCUGGAGGAAGAAAUAAAUUCAAAAAAUGAAACAAAUCGAGAUCUAAAAUUCGCUUUAACAUCAACAACUGAUGAUACUCAAACAGUCUAUAGUCAGCUACAUCAAUUACAUAAAAGUCUAAGUGAAUUGCAAAAGAGAUAUGAUUAUGAUAUAGCAGAGCGCAAUUCUCAAAUAGAAUUUCUACGAAAUGAACAAAAGAAAAUGAUGUCAAAUUAUGAUGGCGAAUUAUUUAAAACACAUCAAACAAUAAUUCAAUUACAGCAUGAUAACAAUCAGUUUACUAGUCAAUUAGAACGAUAUCGAACGAAUAUUGAUAAACUUAAAACUGAAAUCAAUGAAAAAAUAAAUUUUAUUGAACAACUACAAAGUGAUUUAAAUGAACGAUCAGCAUUACAUCUUACUAUUAAUAAUCAAUUGACACAAGAAAAUAAAGUAAAAAUGCUAAAAAUAAAUGAACUCGAACAAGACUUAUUACAAGAACAACAACAUAAAACAGAACUACAACGAACUAUUCAAGAACUACAAUCAGAAUUAGUUAAAUCUCGUAUUGUAGCUAAAGAUUCUUUAGAAAAAAGUGAAGAAUUCGAACGACGUUUUCAUGAAACUGAUAAACAUUUUUUUCAUUUAAAUGAAACAACUGAACCAACAAAACGGGAAAUAAAUACUUUAAGAUUUGAAUUAUUAACAAAAUCUGAUCAAAAUACAGUUUUACAAAAUACGAUUGAAGAUGAAAAACUUAAACGACAAAGACUUGAAAUGAAGUUGAAACGAUUGAAAGAUGAAUACGCUAGUAUACGUAAAGAACUGUAUACUCGCAUUGAAGAAAAUAAUUCAUUACAACAAGAACUCAUUGAAUAUCGACUUAAACUUGAUUAUUAUGCACAAAUCAAUAAUCAAACAUUACUCUCGAUAUUACCUACUAAUGAAAAUGAUCAAUCAACAGCAGUUCAAUUAUAUUUAAAGGAAAAGGCAGAUAGUCAAAAUUGGCAAUUUAAAUGUCGAAUGUAUCAACAAAAAAUUGAACAAGCGCAAAGAAAUUAUGAAUCAACUCGAGAUAAAUAUAAACAGCGUUUGCAAGAAGAACGAGAUAUGUUUGAACGUUCGAAAAUAAAGUAUCUUGAACAUAUGAAAAAUAUUCAAAAAGAUUUACAUGAAACACGACAAUUACUGGAGAAAGAUACCGAAUUAAAAAUGAGUCAAGAAUCAGCAUAUCAACAAUUGGUUGAUGAACGAAGACAAUUACUUACCAGUAUGCUUGAUAAAGAUGCCAAAGUACGUGAAAUGCGCCGCGAAAAUCAUUUGUUAAUAUCAAAAAUUCAAUUUCUUGAAAAUCAAAUGGAAAUUUUAAAUGAUCGUGUCGAUAGAACGUUACGUGAACGAAGUCCAUAUCGUCUAGAUGUUAAUAGCCUUCGAGUAGAUAGCAAUGUUUCGAUUGAAACAAGUGCUCGUGGUUCACCUGUUUCUCCAACGACACGAAAAUCAACAACUUAUAUUGAUUCAACAGGAUGGAAUCAGUCUGUUCUCUAUACCGAAUCAUUUGGUUUUAAUAAUGAUCUUCACUCUGAAACAUCUGCUGUUACUUGA